AUGGCUUCACACGUACAGAAUCUCAAGAACUUUAUUCGCCAUGGCAAACAAGCCCGAGACCCAGGCCCUGCUCCGCCAACAACUGCUAGUACUCAUGCACACGCCCAUGCUGUAACUGAACCUGCCUUUGGCGCGCAACCGAGGCAGCAUGAGGAUAGGACAGGCGAGUAUACUGUUGGUGCUGGGGGCGCACAGGCCAACCUCGCAGCUCAAGCAGAACACCAAGCCGCCCAGAAGCAGGCAGAAAAGCAACGUCUUGAAGACGAGGACCGAGACGCCGCAGUUGCACGUAUAGUCGCCGAGGAGCGAGAGAACAGGGGCAGAUUACCACGAUACCCCGGGCUAGAGCGGUGGACCCUGAUAUCCAAGAUGGGAGAUGGUGCCUUCAGCAAUGUCUAUCGGGCGAAGGACUCGUCAGGAGAGCUAGGAGAGGUCGCUAUCAAAGUUGUUAGAAAGUACGAGCUCAGCUCAAGUCAGCGAGCAAAUAUACUCAAAGAAGUCCAGAUUAUGCGACAACUGAAUCACCCAAAUAUCGUCAAGUUAAUAUCGUUCUCGGAGUCAAAACAAUACUACUACAUCAUUCUGGAGUUAUGCCCGGGCGGGGAGCUUUUCCACCAGAUUGUUAGACUCACGUAUUUCUCGGAAAAACUUAGUCGACAUGUCAUCACACAAGUCGCUGAGGCGCUGAAGUAUCUCCACGAGGAGAAAGGCGUCGUCCAUCGCGACAUUAAGCCCGAGAACCUCCUUUUCGAGCCUAUUCCUUUCGUCCCUACCAAGAAUCCGAAACCUAAGAACCCUAAUGACGAAGACAAAGCCGAUGAGGGCGAUUUCAUUCCUGGCGUUGGCGCCGGUGGGAUUGGCCGUAUCAAAAUCGCCGACUUCGGCUUAUCCAAAGUUGUUUGGGACUCCGUCACUAUGACUCCUUGCGGCACUGUCGGUUACACUGCUCCUGAAAUCGUCAAAGAUGAGCGAUACUCCAAGUCUGUCGACAUGUGGGCACUUGGCUGCGUCCUAUAUACUCUUCUCUGCGGUUUCCCACCGUUUUACGAUGAGAGUAUCAGCGUUCUUACUGAGAAAGUUGCCAGGGGACAGUAUACAUUUCUGUCGCCUUGGUGGGACGAUAUCUCAAAAUCCGCGCAGGAUUUAGUUUCGCAUCUAUUAACAGUUGAUCCGGAUAAGAGGUAUACAAUAGAGCAGUUCAUGGAGCAUCCGUGGAUUAAAGGCACGGAUGAGGAAACAUAUCCGGCUGCCGAUGCUCCACCACUUGCGACACCAGCCAUUAGUAGAUCAGGAUACUAUAAAGAUGGCUCACCGAUGGUGCUGGACGAAUACACCCCUGGAGCGCAGAGUGCAGAAAGGAAUGGAAAGCGCUCAGAUUUCAGAUCACCGGGUCAUUUAGCACUGAGGGAGGUCUUUGAUGUUGGUUAUGCAGUACAUAGGAUGGAAGAAGAGACGAAACAGAGGAAGAAGCAUAAAGGAGGGUUCUCGAAUCUGGCGUCGAGUAUGGCUCUCAACGAAGAAGAAGAAGACGAGUAUGAUGAAAACCAUGGAGCAGUCGUUGCACCACCUGCAGAUGAAAUGGAGGGAAUGGAGAGGGAUCUGAGAAAUGCUAGUAUCGGCGCGGCUGCUCAGAAGAAACCACAACCCGCAAAAGUGCCACAGUCCCAACAACAUCAGAAUAGAGGAAGGAAGAAGGCAGGAUUCGAGUUGAGUUUGGACAACGCCACGUUAAUCGGUAGGAGGAAGAGGAAUGUGGAUGGCGGGGGGGUGGUCAGCGCUCAGGCUUAG